AUGGAUAAGCUCAAAAAUAUUUUCAAUUUCCUUGCCCCAAAGGCCGAGAAGGAAGAUGGACGCGAUGUAUGGCCGUCACGAAUGGCAUUUGUUCUCGCUGCUAUGGGCGGUGCAGUCGGCCUAGGGAAUAUCCUGCGCUACCCUUCUGUCGUCUUCCCAAACAAUGGCCUCCAGUGGUUCAUUCCGUACCUGAUCGCCCUCAUCUUUCUCGCUGUUCCGCUCCUUGUCCUUGAAAUCUGCCUCGGCCAAGCUGCACGGGGCGGAGGAGUGGUUGCCUUCCACCACGUCAACAAGCGAGCCAAGGGAGUCGGCCUGGGCACUAUUGUGACGGGUUAUAUGGUGUCCACAUACUACGUGCCCAUCCUCAGCUGGGCCAUGAUCUACUUUCGCAACUCUUUCACCAGUCCGCUGCCUUGGACCGGCCGAGGGGAGGAAUUUUAUUUGAACGACGUGAUUGCCAAUGUGGAUCCGAUUCCAGGCAACUACAGUGCCAACGGCAAGACCGUGACGAACUACACGCAAUACCCAGGGACCGGAAUCAUUGGUGAGACUGCUGGUUGGUGUGCCUUUGUCUGGUUCAUCGUUUUUCUGUGCAUGUUCCGGGGCGUGGGUCUUACUGGUCGGGUGGUUUAUAUUACCAUGGGCCUUCCUAUUAUUAUUAUUAUUAUCCUCCUGGGCCGCUCAGUGUCGCUCGAAAACGCGGUGGAUGGUGUGAAAAUGUACAUGGGCCACUGGGACAGCUCCAAACUGGCCAGUGGUACCAUUUGGCAGGCAGCAGCAGGUCAAAUCUUCUUCUCCACUGGGGCUGGCUUUGGUUAUUUCACCACGUUUGCGUCAUACAACACCAAGUUCUCCAAUGCCGUCCAGGACGCCGUCAUCGUUGCUGUGAGCAACUCCCUCUUCGAGGUCAUUGCCGCAUUCGCAGUCUUUGGUAUCAUCGGUUACCUGGGCCUCAAGCCGGGAGACGUGGAACUAAGCACGUUCACUGUCGGGUUCCUGACGUAUCCAUCGGCCAUUACUGAAAUGCCGGGGGCCAACUUCUGGUCUAUACUCUUCUUCCUUACCCUACUCCUCGUUGGAAUUAGUUCUUCAUUUGCCCUCGUGGAGUCGCUGGUCACACUCAUUGCCGACACCGACUGGGGAAAAAAGGUUCCUCGCACUGUCAUCUGCAGUGCCAUCAUCACGGUGUCGUUCCUGUUGUCACUUAUGUACUGCUCCAGAUUCGGUCUCUACUUACUGGACGCGGUUGACACAUGGCUGAACAAUCUCUCCCUUCUAUUUAUCGUGUGGAGCGAAUGCAUUGCCACGACCACCCUAUACCGCUACCCGGAUAUCCUCAGCCAGGUCGGGCUGCCCUCCUAUCUUGUCUAUAAUGCUGGCUAUUUUGGCGGCACGAUCUUCGGCCUUGCUGUCGCUCAUUCAGUGAGCCCGGAGGCUGGUGCAGGGGUUGGUUUUGGUCUGUACGUGGCGGGUGUCGUCAUCUCCACGUUGGUUGCAAAGACGCCCGACUCUGCCGCGCCGCGCUUUUGGGGCAAGAAUAUCUGGAUGAACCGUUUCUGGUGGUUGGCCUUCUACUCCGGCAACCAAUUGAUGCGUGACCUCAAUGUUGUCAUUGCCACCGGGAAGAACUGGAGUAUUCCCAUCUAUUGGGGCCCCGUUGUCCGAUAUAUCUCGGCUCCCAUCCUCGCCAUCAUUGUAUCCUUCUCUUACCCAGCGUUCUACAAGAAGCGGGAUGACCCGCUCCAUAUCUUCGCGUUUUCCAUUGCACACAUCAUCAUGGUCAUUGCCAUCGUGGGCCUGGUCCUUCCGCGGUUUUUCAACCCCAUCCUGCCGGCUGCAACACGCAAUGCACCAGAGCCGAUAUCCGCACCCAAUGUGACACUCGCGCCAGUGACAGGCGAUAUCAGCGUGGAGAGCCAGACGGAGCAUACGUUUGUGGGGGAGAAGGAGAAGGAAGCGGGUGCGGUUUGCUAA